AUGGACGAGCUGAGCGAAGCGGAACUACGGUACUACAAUGAUCUGUUCAAAAUCUGCAGCGAAACGGACGGUGCCGGGAAAAUUCCGGCCCUUAAAGCCACCUCACUGUUUCGCUCGGCCAAUCUGUCCAACGAAACCAUCAACAAGAUUACGGCAUUGGCUGGAAUUCCCCAAACGGCGCUGCAUCUUUCCCGGCAACAGUUUUACGGCUGUCUCAAACUAAUCGCCGCGUUCCAGGCUGCUGUACCACUGCGGGAAGAAAUCCUCACCACCUCGGUCAAUCUGCCACUGCCCCAGUUCAGUUGGAUCGAUCCAGUGACAGGACCGGCUGGUGCAUCGGACUCGUCUACCAUCACCUCAAGUGUUUCAUCUUCCGUUGCAGCAGGUGGCGGAAGUCAGGCUGGAACUUUGGAGAGGAAUGGUUACACCGAGGUAAACAAUCGUUCCACGCUAAAGUCAGGGGGUGCUGGAGGAGGAGGUAGUGGUGGUGGAGGUGCGGGAGGCAGCACUACACAGGACAGCAGUGCAUCAACCGGUGGAGAGAUGACCAACUCCGAUCAGCCCAGUACCGAUUCCGAGGUGGAACAUAACGAUGAUCCGGUUAAUAUGAUCCGCGGUGAGCGUGAGCGGCAUACGGUUGGUAUGCUGAAGGGUGGAGGAAUUGUGAUGAUCGGCAACAGCCAUCCGAUGGUGGGUGGAGGAGGUGGUGGAGGCCAUGGUGGAGGACAUGGUGGCGGUGGAUCACCGGAAGCGUGGAGUACGGCAAGCGAUAGUCCAACGCCGACGAACAGUGUGGCAGAACGUCCGUGGGCCAACCAGACCCUGUGGCAGGGCUUGGUGUGUGAAGAGCAACGUCAGCUACUGGGCACGGAGGAGGAAUCGUCCGAUCGGCACAGUAGCGAUGAGGACGAACAGGAGAUUGAUCUCGAGUAUUUCUAUCAGAUUUCGCAAACGCAGAAAGAUUAUUAUCUGAAACAGUUCCGCUCUAUUCAGCCGGAUGUUCACGGACUGGUAACUGGACCGGUGGCAAGAGUAUUUUUCGAAAAAUCGCGUAUUCCGAUCGAUGAACUGCGGCACAUCUGGCAGAUGUGCGAUGUGACGAGGGAUGGCGCACUAAACUUGGCCGAGUUUACCGCUGCCAUGCAUCUGGUGGUGUUGCGUCGCAACAACAUACCCGUACCGGCCACACUACCCCCUUGCCUGAUGCCCACACUAUUGCAACAUUCGCUGUUGCAACCGGGCGGUGGCUCUGGGGGAACUUCCGGUCCCACUGGAAGUGUUACGAGCGCUGCUUCAGGCGAGCUCUCUUCUACAGUAGGCAGCACAUCCGCUAAUACAUCAGUACCGAAUGAAAGAACCGAACCGGCCGAAGCUGAUCUACUACAUCUCGAAAGUGAUGACAACGUAGAGAGCACCAACCGGAAGCGAUUUGAUGCACACAAAGACUAUCAGCGUAUGGUGCCGGUACCGGACUCGUUAGCCUUCGCAAAGGUUACAUCAACCGGGGGAAAUGCCGUCAAUACCGGUGUAGUGCACGACAGCAGUCCACCUUCCGUGUCCUCGGCGACCGGUAUAGGUAGCAGCACUGGUUCUGCGUCCGUCGCGAAUGCAACGAAGGGUAGUAGCAGCGGCAGCAACAGCAGCAGUACAGCUAUCUCCACGACUGGCGGUCGAAAAACGCCACCAAAUGUUUCUCCACCGGUGCUAGCGCAACAGCACGUGGUCGGAUCGGCGCAGAAGGUGAAACAACCUGCCGAACAUCCGGUAACGCCACCGAACACUAAACCAACCAAUAAGGAGUGGAACUCAACCACGAAAGAAUGGACCAAAUUCAUGGAAUCUCCUACAUCCAACGUUUCUAGUCCGGGUCCAAAACCGGUAAACUUUGAUCUGCAGCGAACGACGCAGGCGAUCGUGUCCAAUCCGCACAUCGUUCAUCCGGUUCCGUUGCGUGUGACACCCGUUGGUGCCGAAGCAGUCGAUAAUGGAAGUCUAGUCUAUGGUAGCGACCUACCCGUCGGAACCGGUGGCCUGAUGGUGGUACAAUCACGGGACGAUUCCAGCCCAAAGCAGCAGCAAUCAACAUCCCAACAGCAGCCACAAUCACAGCCGCCCCAUCAUCACAGCACACCCCGGGACUCGCUCACAAACAGCGGCGAUCUACGUGCCAUCCAAAGACCGCAACCGAAGAAACCCCCGUCGAAAGGUGUCGGUGCAAUACCGCCCCCACCGCAGCGAGAUUCCACGGCCCAUCCAGCACCACAUUCGGGCAACGAUUCGAUGACAAUAUCGCUCGAUGCGUCCGGUUUCGCGGUGAGCAGUACCGGCAGUUCCACCACAGCCGAACGUUUACCCUCGCUGGCGAAAAAACAAUCGGUCGAUCAGCAGCAACCUGCACCGCCCCCCUUACCCCCACCAAGACCUUCCGCACAUCGACACACGCGCAGCAGUAGUUUGGACCUGAACAAGCUGAAGCUUACGACGAACAAUGCGUCCGUGGCGCCGAUUAGCGAUCCGCUCAAGAUGCCACCACCGCCGGAAGUGCCACCGAGGGUAACACCAACGGGUGAGGCACCUAGUGGUCGGCAGGCACACGGAUUUGCGGAUUUUACACACUUCCCGAGCGGCGCCAGUGGAGCUCAUCGUAUCGGGUCAAUGGGUGACUCGAGCAACAUCACAACGAUUCAUCUUGAUGCGGCCGGCAACAUGACACAUCAUUCCACACCGCGCGGAUCCGGCACGCUACCAAAAUCGCUCGUUAUGCAUCAGCCACGGAACAGCGCGUUCGAGGUGUACCGGAAACCGCACACCGAUGGACGGCUGGCGACACGUGGCUCUCAGUCACCCCCACACCAUCAGCAACAACCGCCCCUGGUAACGUCCCGUAGCGUAGAAUCGUCCGGUGUUGUGUCGGGCGAUUACGAUAAGCGUAUCUCGGCACUAAGUGACAGCCUAAGACAGGUUCGGUUCAAAGCGAACGAUCCGCCACCGGUAAUGCCGGAUGUUUUGAAACAGCUGAAGGAGCAGAAUUUGCUGUUGCUUCGAAUAUGCAACGAUCUGAGUGAAGAGUUGUUGCACAUUCAGCAAAAGCGAGAGGAUAUUCGAAUUAAGAUCGAGUUGCAGGAACAAAUUCUUGGUGGAGGAGGAAGUUCCGGUUCGGGCAUGUUGUCGACCGGACCAUCCUCACUGCCAGCCGUUUCUUCUUCAUCUUCUGCUUCCCACACCCAUCCACACCAUUCGCAUCAUCACGCGAACCUAUGA